AUGGGAAGAUGGGCUGGGCUUGCGGAUGCCGAGGAAAAGGACAACAAAACACAGCCUGUAGCUCCCAGAGAACCAAAGAGGGAGCUCCAACACACAGGAUCAUCCCAAGAGGAGCCAGGGGAACUUGAAACCCAGGAGCAGAGGCCCUCAGCAAGACCAGACAGCACCCAGGAAGGGCUGAGGGAUCUGCAAGCUGGCCAGGAACAAGCCCAGCCUGACGGGGAGUGUGUGACCUCUGAAGAGCAGCCACAGCCAACCAUGCAAACCAAGGACCAGCAGGAGAGAUGGCAGAGCACCGAGGCCAAAGAGAUUCAUCCCACUGAGAGCUGCCAGGACAACACAGAUCAUCAUCUGGAAAGGCCAUGUACCUCAGACAGCAGGAGUCAGCCACAGGAGGAUGACCCCCUCAGUGAAGCAGGCCUCUCAGAGGUCAGGUUGCAGGAGCCCAUGCCAACACCCAGCUCAGGGACAUGCAAGAACAACUCCCAGGAGGCAGUGCCCCCCAAACCCAUGGCGACUGCAGAAGAAAAGAAGGCCCCUCUCAUCUUGCGAUCUGCACCAGGACCUCGAACACACAAAGAGGGAAGUGAAGCUGUGGAGACCAAGGCAGCACCAAUGCCUCUUCCUCCACCAGAGUUAAGAGACAUUGUUGAGAGGAAGGAGAAACGACACCAGGCUUCGGCAGCUGCAGGCACCCAGGGCCCCAGGAGCUCUCAUCGGGGCUUCAUGAAGUGCCUGCUGGAGGUGGAGGAGCAGGAGGAAGCCACCCAUCGGAGGACUUUAAAAGCCCGGACUCUGACAACCCGGAGGUCCCCCAGGACCCUGACUUCUGUCUCCACCUCAGGCCCUAUCAGCAGCUCAGUCCCAACCUUGCCUCUGACCCUGCUUGAGCCCUCCACCUCAGCUCCAGCUACUGUCCCACUGUGGGCCAGACCACCGGCCCAUGGGCAAGCCCCUGCCUCUGUGGGAUCCCCUGGCUCAGUCCUGUCAGCCCCCACCCAGGACCUGAGCUGGAGAUGGCCAGAGUUCUUACCCCAGAGCAAUGAGAGAAACCUGAACUAUGCCAAGACACGGCAGGAGCCAGAAGAGCAUGGCCUCUUCAAACUGUAUCAGAGCUGGGAGGAGCGGUCUGAGGAGCACCUCACCCUGAAGCAAGAGGAGGCCUUCCGCAGCUACUUUGAGAUCUUCAACGGCCCUGGUGAGAUCGAUGUGAGAAGCCUCAAGAACAUCUUGCUCCUGAUCGGCUUCACCCUUACCCCAAGCCAGGUGGAAGAAGCCCUGAUGAGUGCCGAUGUCAAUGGAGAUGGUCAUGUGGAUUUUAAAGACUUCUUGGCAGUGAUGACAGACACCAAACGCUUCCUCUGCUCUGUGGAACAGAAUGUCCUGAUGGAUAUGUCGCCCCCGAACCCCUACACACUGUUCUUUGAGAUCCUCUCUCUGCUGGUGGAAAUGCUGGCCCUGCCGGAGGUGGCCCUAGAGGAGAUCACGAACUACUACCAGAAGAAGCUGAAGGAAGGCACCUCCAAGACCCGAGAGACAGAAUCGAAUAUGGGUGGGCUGCGAUCAAGGAAGAAGCUUCCUUACAAUGCUCAGCAGCAAGCAGACAGCUUGGAAGUCCCAGAACGAAGGGUCCUGAGGAUCCUGGGCCGGCUGAAGCAGCAGAACUAUGCUGCCAAUCUGCAGAGCCCCUAUGCCCAGGUGCCCUGCAUCCCACUCUGCCCGAGGCUGGAGAAGAAGACGGUCCGUCGAAAGCAGGGUAGCCAUAACCAUCCUGUGCUGGAUCAGUGUGUCUCUACAAGCUUGGGCCCUGACCUCCAUGGCCUCCUCUUUCAGUCAGGACAGCAAGGAAGCAGGGAACACAACUCUGACAGCAGAAAGUGGCUUAGCUCCGUGCCAGCCCGAACCCACUGA